UAUUUUUUCAAUUAAUAUGUAUAUUACAUCUCCACCUACAAAAAGGGACCACCAGAGAACUAUUUGUUUUAUUAUAUAUAAUAUUACCAAAAAGGGCAAAAAAAAAAAAAAAAAAAACUUUUUGGGAGCUAGUUGUGACCUAACUCGAGUUAGCUAUUUGUGAGGUAGGGUUUAUUAGCUUGGUUUAGUUAGAUAUGUUAUGUUAACUAGGAGUAGUACUGGUCAUGAUGAGUUAGGUUAUAAACCAAACGCAAGAACUUUGUAGUUUUUAAUUAUAUAAGUCAAAAGCUGAGAAGAAGGAGAAAGAGAAUCGUAAGGCUCCAUCUAUACAUUACAACAUCCAAUAUUGCUUAAUUCGUAUUAAUCUAUUUGGCAAAAUGAGCUACAAUGAUGAUGAGCAAAUUGUUUCAAUCCAAGAUGUACCAGAGAAAAAUUCGACACAAUUUCCAGAAGGGAAAACAAAGUUAUCAAUCAUCAACAAGUCAGAAGCACCAUUAGAAGAAAACAAAUUGAAAGUGAUGUUGGAAUUGACAGGGUCAGGACUUGGUAACGAUAGAUCUGGAGUUGAUCUUGUAACAGUUUUAGAUGUGAGUGGGUCAAUGGGUGGUGAGAAGUUAGCAAAAAUGAAAAUGGCAAUGCAAUUUGUGAUUAAGAAACUUAGUUCAAUUGAUCGAUUGUCAGUUGUUACUUUCAAUGGUAAUUCGAUGAGAUUAUGCCCAUUGCGUCAGAUUACUGAAAAUGCUCAAUCUGAGAUUGAGAAUUUAGUGACAGCUUUAAUUGCGGAAGGUGCCACUAAUAUUAGUGCUGGCCUUGAAACUGGGUUGAAAGUUGUUAAUGAUCGAACACUCAGUAAAGGUCGUGUGGUUGGUAUUAUGCUUAUGUCUGAUGGUCAACAAAAUGGCCCUCGUGAUGCUACCAAAGUUGAGAUUGGGAAUGUGCCUGUUUACACAUUUGGUUUUGGGGCAGACCAUGAUCCAACAGUGCUGAAGAUUGUGGCAGACAACAGUGCAGGAGGAACAUUCUCAGCUGUUCAAAAUGAAGACAACUUGAGCAUUGCAUUUUCUCAGUGUUUGGCUGGUCUUUUAACUGUGGUUGUUCAAGACUUAAAGCUAACUCUCACAGAAGUCGAAACAGAAUCGAGCAUUGAGAAUGUUUCUGCCGGAAACUACCCUCAAUCGAAGGACAUCGACGCCGGCUCUGUUACCAUUUCAUUUGGUGAUCUUUAUGACAAAGAGAUACGUAAGGUCUUAGUACACCUUCUUCUUCCUUCUAUUCCUAAGCCAAGGGGUGCAGAUGUUCUAACAAUUGAUUACAAUUAUAGCACUGGAGGGAAAUUAUUUAGGGUAACUCCUCAACGCGUUAACAUAAGGCGAAAGGAAACACUAGUAGAAGAGACAGAGAAGGAAGAUGUGAUGAUGGAAGAUAACCGUCUUUUUGUUGCAAAGACAAUGAAAGAAGCGAGAUCUAUGGCUAACGAUAAACGACUUGAGGAGGCACGAGACAAGAUUGUUGAUGCCCAAAACAUGUUGGAGGACGGCGUUGCUUUUGUUGAUGAGUCAAGCCCUAAUUAUUCGAUGGUUGAGAUGUUGAGAUUCGAGUUACAACAACUAUCGAGGUUGAUGAAAUCAGAAGACAUAUACGAAAAACAAGGACGUCCUUUCUUACUCUCUUCCGAGACAUCUCAUGAUCGACAGCGUUUUGCUUCAAGAGGAGAUGUUGAUAGGAUGCGUUUAUUUGCUACACCUCGUAUGAACUCUUACCUUGAGCAAGCCAAGGCUUUCGAUGAGGAUCCAACUAAGCCAUUGCCCAAUGCAGAUGAUGAUUUGAAGGAAGAACUUGAGGCUGAUCCACUUGGUCCUAUUGUUGGAGCUCUUAGCUACUAUAUUCAAUCAGCCAUUCAGUCACUUCAAGCUAUUGACAACAUAAUCAAAAAUGGUCGUUAAUUUAUUAUUAAGUAAUUAAUUAUUAUAAUAUUGUUUAAUUUGCUUUUGCUUAAUUCAAGUUUAAUUAUGUGUUAAAUAAACAAUGUAUGGUUUGUGGGUAUUAACUAACUGUUUUGUUUUAGUUUAUUGUUUUUCUAUUUCAGUUAGUUAGUUUCUUGUCAGUUAGUUUCUUAACUAACUCUCUUGUAUCUUGUAUUGAGUGGUAUAAAUAAAGGGACUUAACUCAUUUCAAGAGUUAAGCUUUCA